AUGGAACAAGAACAGCUUGGGACUUCUCCUUCUUCUUCUUCGACUUCAAUGAGAUCAAUUGAUGAUAAGAAUGAAGGGAAAAUCAAACAAUCAGCAGACUCGAGAUUCCCAUUAACGUUUCUCGAAAUGGCCGGUGCAUCCGGCGUCGUUUUGUGCUUCGUCGUUGGUCUCGCUGGAGUUUACCUAACAUUGCCGGAUUCCGAUUACAGCUUCCUCAAGCUUCCAAGAACCAUCGAAGAUCUUCAUAUUCUCCGGGAGCAUCUCGAGAGCUACACAAGCGACUACACAAUGCAAGUCCUUGUUGGAUAUUGCACAGUCUACAUCUUCAUGCAAACAUUCAUGAUUCCAGGAACUGUGUUCAUGUCAUUACUUGCAGGAUCCCUUUUUGGUGUCUUAAAAGGUGUAGCUUUGGUUGUCUUUGCUGCAACUGCUGGUGCUUCUUCUUGCUACUUUCUAUCAAAGUUAAUCGGGCGACCCUUAAUCUCAUCUCUCUGGCCUGAUAAACUUGUUUUCUUCCAAAACCAGGUGGCAAAAAGACGAAGUGGGCUUCUCAAUUACAUGCUUUUCUUAAGGGUGACACCAACUUUGCCAAAUACGUUUAUUAAUGUCGCAUCACCAAUUGUUGAUGUUCCAUAUCAUAUAUUCUUCUUGGCAACUUCACUCGGCCUCAUUCCAGCAGCUUAUGUAACUGUUCGGGCUGGAAUUGCUCUUGGUGAAUUGAGGUCAAUUGGGGACUUGUAUGACAUGCAUUCUAUAGGGACUUUGUUUCUGAUAGGGCUUGUUUCCAUUACACCUACAUUGAUAAGCAACAAGAACAAAGCAUAGUGUUUCCUUGUGGUGUCGUACAGAUCUAGCAUCAAAUUGGAACCCGGUUUAUGUUUAAAAGACUUGUGUUUUGUGUAGUGAUGUUAAGGAUAAGCGUUGGAAUGCAGUUUAGUUUUUUUUAAUUAGCAAUUGUCUGGAUAAUUACGUGUUUAAAUCUUCUGCUAUUGGAAACUUUUAACUUUUAAUCGUAGAUGCAAAACAUUGUGACAAUCUUUUGUACACAUUCAUAGGAUCAUGACGCAUACAUAGAAAGAGUAUAGAGGUAUGCUUCCUAUUAUAUUAUAUCGGUUGUUCUCAUUAUUAUUAUCAACAAGUGGUAUCCAAUUAGCAUUUCAGAGUUUCUUGAUUUUAGUAGCAUCUCUCGUAUUUGGGUUCUUCAUUAAAAUAGCAACUAUGAUAUUUGAAUUCCUUUUUUAGAUAGGACUACAAAAUUUCUUUUAUGGGACGUAAAGAUGAAAGACAUUUUCAUUCAAUGUGAUCAACAUAGUUUUGUUUGGUUUUGAGAAAAUGCCGGUGGUCUAUUGAACAAAAGUAAAUGAAGGAUUUGAAACAAAUUCUUUGCAUUUAUGUAACGAGAUUUUGCAAGACGUUUUGAAUAUAAACGCAAUAAUUAUUAUACGUUGUAUCUAAAGGAUAUUUAUAUUCUCAUCGUCGUUUUAUUGAAAGUGGUCCCGAUUAUGGUAAUGACUUGAAGUUGAGAUUUUUAUGGAUUUGGAAACAUGGAUGUCCAAAUAUGAUGGGGAUGGAUUUGGGUUGAUUUUUUUUUUAUGUAAUUGGCUAUUGUUUUUUUCAAAUUUUCAGGAUAUUUUCUUAUAUAGUUGUGAUUCUUAGAUGAGGCGUAUGCAUCUUUAGGUUCCAAAUAAAAGAUGGGACAGGAUAUUCUUAGAAUUGCAAACGUAAUGAUAGGGCUUUGAGAAUUCGGAUCGUAUUUCAAGGGCAAAAGAAAGUUUGGCGACCAUGGUAAGAUUAAUGGACACUCCAUUAACGAGUGAUUCAUACUACAAAAUAAGGACAAACUCGUUGAGUUGAUAUGGGUAAGCAACCCUUGAAAUUGGGCCAACACGGUGAACAUGGUGACACAAAACCAAAGUAGUUCACUUGAACCUUCAAAACACCUUUUUAUUGUCUUUCUGGAAACAUCAACUGCAGUGGUACGUGCAAAUCUUGUAUGUGUAUUUUUGUCUUUAUACAGCUACAUGGAUAUAAUCUCAUUAGGAUGGUGUAAGAAGGGAUAGAUAUCUUUGGUUAUUCCUUUACCUAGGGUAAAGCGAUAAUGUGCAUGGAUGACCUUCAGCGUUGUAAGGGGAAUUUGUAAUAGAUCAUAUAAGACGAUUAGUUAGCAUAUGCAAGUUGUAGAAAAAGGUAUAGAAAAAACAUGAACAAAAGAAAAUACAUAUAGUGAUCAAGUGGGUAAAAAGGGAA